CAGCGCUCGGGCGCCGCGCUCCUCCUGAGGCGGCGGCGGCGUUGGCGGCGGGCGGGAGGGAUGCGGGGCCCGGCCCGCGGCAGCAGUGAAUUCUUGUAGAAGAUUGAUAGCUCUGCCAACAUUUGUCCACAAUAGAAGAUGGGUGGAUUAAUUUCAAGAUGGAGGCAGGCAAAGCCUUCCACUGUAGAAGUAUUAGAAAAAAUAGAUAAGGAAAUACAGUCAUUAGAAGAAUUUAGAGAAAAAAAUCAGAGACUACAGAAACUAUGGGUUGGAAGGCUUCUUCUCUACUCCUCACUUCUUUACCUUAUUACUUGCUUAAUUGUGUAUUUGUGGUGUCUUCCUGAUGAAUGGACAGCAAGGCUGACAAUGACACUUCCAUUUUUUGCAUUUCCAUUGAUAAUCUGGUGUAUAAGAACACUGCUCAUUUUUUUCUUUUCCAAACGGACAGAAAGGAAUAAUGAUGCGCUGGAAGAUUUAAAAUCUCAAAAGAAAAAAAUACUCGAGGAAGUAAUGGAAAAGGAAACGUACAAGAAUGCUAAACUAAUCCUUGAAAGGUUUGAUCCAGAAUCAAGUGCAAAGGAGACUGAACUACCAUCUGCUGGAACAUCUGCAACCCCAAGACCUGGACAAGAGAUUCGUCAGAGGACUGCAGCUCAAAGAAAUGCUUCUACACCCUCAUCUGCGACACCUAAACAAGGUUCUCCAAAGUCCCCAGUUCCAGCAUCUCCUGCUCUGCAGAGAGAGACACCAGCUCCGAGUGGGCUCCUGGAAAGAACUGCUGUGCCAUCCUUGCAAUCAAACGUUUUACCAAGGCGCCCUGGAUCCCCUGCUACUUCAGUGCCUGGAAUGGGUCUUCAUCCUCCAGGCCCUCCUUUGGCAAGACCUGUUCUUCCUCGAGAAAGAGGAGUUGUGGAUAGAGUUAUUGAGUAUUUGGUUGGUGAUGGUCCUCAAAACAGGUAUGCCCUAAUAUGUCAGCAAUGUUUUUCUCACAAUGGUAUGGCUUUGAAGGAGGAGUUUGAAUACAUAGCAUUUAGGUGUGCCUACUGCUUCUUCCUGAAUCCUGCAAGAAAAACUAGACCUCAAGCUCCGCGACUUCCAGAUUUCAGUUUUGAAAAAAGGCAGUCUACAGAAUUGCGAUCUGAACCUCUAGAACCUAGAGAGAGAAAGCCCCAGGAGACUCAACAGACUAAAGAAUCUGAAGAAGAUGUGGCCCAGAUUGUUGAGACAAAUGAGACAGACGAUAAAGCACCAAAUUCUGAGCAUCUAAAUGAUAAGAUAGCUGAAGAAGUUGAAAAAGAAGAAGCAGAAAAUGUUUCAACAACUGAAGAGACUAUUUCAGAGUCUACUUCAGCUGAACAAAGUGAAGAAUCUUUAAUAAAAGCAGAAUAAAGUACUUCAAGUGCCUUCUGUAGCUAGUUUUUAGCUUUGUUCAUGCCUGUUGUUACUAUUCAGGUGAGCUUUUUUUUUAAUGGUACAACUUAAAAAUCUUGCUUGGGCUUAAACUGCCUCAACUGCCAGAGUGUGUCAAAGCUACAUGUAAAAGUGGGUAUUGUAAAUUAAGCAUGUGUCUUCAAGUUAACACAUAGGAUGUGUAUUUGGUUGAAGUCUAACAGCUGUAGCCCUUGUUUAGUUUGUGUAUUUAAAACUUCAAAGUACAAGCUUUGCUAAGGCUGACUUACAAUUUGACAUCUCUUUAGCUGUCACAUAAGAGGAGCAUUUACUGAUGGCAACUGACCUAGUAAGUUUAGCAUAGUGAACUUAAGGUAACUUUUUAAUGCUGCCCUGUUAAAAUUGAGAACAUGUUUAAUACACAGAUGUUUACAAGCUAAAGUGUCAUUGGACAUUUGACUUAAACAUAUGGAAGUGUCAUUGCAGURGUGUUAAUAUUAUUCAUUGUCUAACUUUUGACAGAUUUCAGUUAAAUGGCACUUGGAUAAAUGGCAUCUCCUUUGGUGUUUGCAUUGCAGAUGAACCAGAGGCACCUACAUGCAAAACUGUUUUGUGUUUACAUAAAAUAUAGAGAGUCUCUGCACUUGAUUGUACUUGAAUACAAAGCACUAUUUAUACCUGUACAAUAAUAACAAGAUAUAAGUGAAUUUUGUGCCUUUGUGUAUUUUGUAAAAGGAAAAUAAAGACAUCUAGCAGCAAUACUUGCUUUGUGAUUCCUAAAACUGAAGAGAAUUUAUGUUCUGCUGUGUGCAGCUAUUCCAGAGUUACAUCAUGCAAGUUCAGAAGGAAUGUGCCCCUUAAAAGGAGCAUGUCUAUAUGUAGCUAAGGUGGCUUUGAUAGGAGUAGAUCCCUGAUGAAAGGGGAAGUGCAUGUGCAUUUGCCAAAAGGCUUUUCUAACUGUACCUAAAGCUUGUUGAUACUACUUAAUGUUACAAUUGCAAUGAAUAUUUGCUGCUGGAUUASUGAAAAUGUAAUUUUUUUUCAUUGCAUUGCUUCUUAAGCUAAGGACACUUGUUACACAUUUCGUGUUAAAUAUAACAGCUGSGAUCUUGGAUUACAAGUUUUCUGGUGUCUGGGAAGUAUCAAAGUCAAUAAUUUUUUUUUUUUUUUUAGAAAUAAAUGCUGACCAUAUGUAACUUGGUUGAUUUAGUAAUACUUCUGAUAAAAGUUUUGGUUUUUUCUGUGUUGUGUUCCUCACUUCAGGGAGAGGGGAAAUUUCAAAACCAUUUUUAUUCUGUUGUCUUGGUUGCAAAGGGAAAUAGUUUUUACACUAUAAAGCAAACAAAACCCCUAAAUCUUAGUAGCUUAAGAGUCAUCUACAAGAAAAGCGUGUUUCUAAAUGUGGCUGACCUUAAUAGCCAUGUCUAUAUAUGCAAGACAUAGUUAUUACAUGAACAGCAAAGAUUAAUUUUCUUUUUCAAAUACUUGCUUUGUUUUCUGUUUCUUUGGGGAUAGUUUAGAAGCUCGGCCUUGCAUCAAUCAGAAUCAGGUUUGGUCUGUAUGUAGAUUAAGGAGGAAUUAUUUUUCUAAAUCACAGUUCAUAUUUCAAUUAGUCUUAAUAGACAAUAUAGGCAUGUGAUUAUGUGAGUACUCGUGUUUGUCUAUUCUUACCUAAAAAAUUAGCAAAUAAGCUUUUUGUGUGUGACUAUAUUAAUUGGGAAUACAAAGAAAACAAUCCCUUUUCCAAACAUGUUUUAGAGAAAAGUACAGGGUACAAAGUGAUAGGGGAAUUAAAAAAAAUUAGUAUUAAUUUUUUAAUACUUUUAGAGAAUGUAUUUUAGAUAAUGGAGCUUAAAAUGGAAAUCAUUUUGCCUAAAAGGUGGCAAAACUUACUUAUUAUUUUGUAAGUUGUUAAUCUAUACACUGCAUUUUGUACCUCACUGAUUUAUCUGCUUUAAGGCUUGUUUCUUUGGAUAGAAAAAAAUCACAGACCAUUUGAGUAAUUCAGCACAGUAAACUGUUGGAUGUACUUGCAUUAUAAGUGCUAAAAACAAGUAAAAUUUGUCAUCCUGAUCCCUUAUAUUGGAUAUGAAGGCAUGAAUUACUGUCACUUCAGUACUUAGGAUUCCUUAUAAAAAUAUGUAUCUGAAGUGUCUGGUCUUUUGUAGAGUGAUUUUAGGGUCUUUCCAUGAUAAGCAGGGGCUGAGCUGUAGUGCAUGUAAUAUCUAUAGAAUUGACUGAGAAAACUUCUGACAUUGGACCURUAUAUUAAAAAUGUUUUCAUUAGCCUGGGACAUUUGUAUUAUCUUUUGCCAAGGAAACUGAUGCUUCUUAGGAUUUUGGGAAUAUGAACUUUUUUUUUAAAAAGGAGACAGUAUUUGGAAUGGAGUGGGGUGUUAUUUCUCCCAAGAUUCUUAAAUAUGACAUGAACAACUUUCCAUAGAAAUGAUUGGUGCUUUUUGUUUAAUAUAUCACUGAAGGAUCAAGUAGAGACAGUCAACCUGAUGUGAAAACAAAUACUUUUUAGAAUGUGAAUACGUGCUUGUGACCUAAAAAUACCUAUAGCUUUUGAGCACAGGAACAUUGUCUGUUUUAAGUGCAUGACACAAUUUUCCUGAAAGACUUUCAUACUUAAAAGAAGCGUCCAAGCAGUCAUUUCCAUUAACUGCUUCAGAAUGCUUGAAGAUUAAGCAUGUCUUAGAAUUUUGGUAGAGAAAAAUC